GCUACCAGCACUGUGUACUCUAGCAACACCACUGGCAGUCUACUGAGGCGUCGUCUGGGGCCUCAUAGUGCUCAGGAUAAUCAUGGGCUGUGGCCAGGGUUUUGUCUAUCCAUCCCUAAAUGCUCUCCUGGCUAAAUGGGUAGCAGAAGAAGAAAGGGGAAGGCUGGGAGCCAUGGUAUUUGCUGGAGCGAAUUUCGGCAAUGUAGUCUCCAUGAGCAUGGGUGGGCUUCUACUCAGCUGGAUGCACUGGUCUGUGUUGUUCUACACAUACGGAACUGUGGCUCUACUGUGGCUCUGGGUGUGGCUGCACUGUGGAUAUAGCAGACCUGAGGACCAUCCAGGGCUGACUGACGGGGAGAAGCGCUACUUGCAGAAAUACUGGGCCAAGGUCAACAUGAAACAGAAACUGCCCCCGACCCCGUGGCGACACAUACUCACAUCGGUCCCUCUAUGGGGACUUGUGGUAGCUCAGAUAGGCCAUGACUGGGGACUGUUCACCAUCGUCACAGACCUGCCAAAGUAUAUGAAAACUGUCCUUCACUUCUCCAUUGCCCAGACCGGGCUGAGGUCUGCAGCACCAUACUUAGCCAUGGUGUUUACUGCUGUCUUUGCAGGCACUCUGGUAGACUUUCUGUUAGUCAAGCAAGUUACUUCUGUGACCGUUUCAAGAAAGCUGUUUACAACAGUAGCUUCAUUGGGCCCUGCUCUCGGUAUAGUAGCUGCCUCCAUGGCCGAGUGUGACAAGCAGAUAGUCACUUGGUGUCUGGUGAUUGGGAUGGGACUUAUGGGCUUCUUCUACCCCAGCCUCAAGGUGAACUGUCUGGAUCUCUCUCCCAACUACGCUGGUACUGUCAUGGCACUUGUGAACGGUAUUGGUGCGUUGUCCGGCAUCGUCACACCCUACCUUGCUGGCUUGCUCAUACCUGAUAACACGAUGGAGCAGUGGCGCAUGGUGUUUCUGAUAGUGGCAGCAGUGUUAGUAUUGACCAACUUGGUGUAUAUAUUUACUGGCUCAGGGGAAGUACAGUACUGGAACGACCCACCCCCUCAGCCAAAAGAAGACAGGUCAGGAUUGAAGUUUCAAAGUGAGAAGAGGGUUGUGACUCUAGUGGAUGACUUGACAUGUCCCACAGACCAUGGGUUUAGGAAAACUGUUAGAGAAGUUGUACUGCCCAGGGUUUAUGAAACAAAAAGAGAACGGGAUGGUAAAGAGGUGAAAAUAAGAUGAGAAAUGUGUUUGACCACCUAGACUCAGGAAUAUUGAAUUGUGAACAAUUAGAGAUUAAAAUGUGUUAUGUUGUA